GUUGUCGUCAUAGAUUGGGGGCGUAACCCGGAAAAAUUCUAUCAUCUGGUCCCACCACAACACGUUGCUCGUGUGAGACAGGGUAGUCCUCCGGAUGAACGCUUGAUUUUAUGAAGCUGGUAUGUAGUAUUGCUGCUGUAUUAGUAAAUACAUCUAGAGGAGUUCACGGUUCAGUCGCAGCUCGUCGGAUCAGUGCAGAGAUGUUUAAAGAGCUCAAGACGAAAGUGUUGCGUCUGUUACCGCCGACCUCCAACGGACCGACGGUCCAUCGGGACGAGACAGAUGGUGCUGAAAUCCUGAGUUGUACAGUAAAGGCCCUGAAAGAGGGUCACAUUGUUGCGGUGCCCACAGAUACCAUCUACGGCCUGGCAUGUCUGGCCCAAAACUCCGACGCCGUCAGAAAAACGUAUGACACUAAAGGACGAAACGGACAGAAGCCGCUGGCCAUCUGUGUAGGGGAAAUUCAGGAUAUCUAUAAGUACUGCAAGGUGAAGGUGAAAAAAGAGCUGUUAGGUGACCUGCUCCCUGGUCCUGUCACCCUGGUGUUUGAAAGGUCUGAAGAACUGAACACAGACCUGAACCCCUUUACCUCACUUGUAGGUGUACGUAUCCCAGAUCAUCCCUUUAUGAGGCAACUUUGUCAGAUGUGUGGGGAACCACUGGCACUCACAAGUGCCAACAUCAGCUCACAGACCAGCACAGUGGAAGUACAUGAGUUCCAGGAGCUCUGGCCCAAACUAGCUGUGGUUGUUGAUGGUGGACCGAUAGGAGACCAGAGCCGCCUCGGAUCAACAGUAGUCGACCUGUCAGUACUUGGCAAAUACAGCAUCAUCAGACCAGGGUGUGCCCUUUCUUCUACGGUUGAUGUGCUCAAGCGCAAAUAUGGACUGUCAGAGCUCUCUGGGGAAGAAUGACCUUUGAACUCUCCACACUCCAAAAAUCACGCACAACCAGCUCUGACCCGGGGCUACUUGGGAGAAGAUGAAUCCAUGAAUCAGCCUUUGCCGGGGAAGACUGUAUCUCAGGAGGACUGAAACUGCUGAUGGACGAUUUUGUUCCAGUGGCAGCUUCAAAGUCUUGGGUAUCUUUCCUUAUGUCUUAGAUUAGCAUAUUUUGUAUAUGUUUCUGUCAUUACAUUAUUUGGGAGUUUAAGCUUUAAACUAUCAUUUAUACAGAAAUAGGUCAGCUGUAUAGUACUUUAAGUAAUGUGGUCAUGGGAGGAAGAAUGGUUUGAGCCAGCCUUUUCGCAACACGAUCAGAGCUGUAGUGAACACAUUUUAAUGGUCUGAUUGAAUCUGUGUGAUAAAAUAAAUCAACU